AUGAAGUUCAUGCAUUUCACAUCAGGUUACUUCAUUUGUAUUUUCUAUUCUGUGUACUCCUACAAUGUUACUGACGAGGACCGUCUAUAUAGGGACUUAUUCAACAACUACAAUAAAGAACUUCGUGCUGGAAAUGACAGGGACUACCCACUGAACGUGUCGAUGCAAUUCUAUCUACUUGCAAUAAAAGAAUUUGUGGAAGCGAGUAGCAAAUUCACGAUAAAUGGCGUGUUUUACACCCAUUGGCGGGAUGAGAGGUUAUCUUGGGUUCCAGCCAAGUACAACAAUAUUACAAAAACAUUAGUAUCUCAGGAUAAAGUAUGGAUACCAAAUAUAGUGAACAUAAACCCUUUCAAAGAGGUAUACGGACUAGGAAGUAAUCUCGUCCAGGUAAAUGUGGAUAAUGAGGGAUCCUGUUUUUGGGUGACCAUGCAGUCUUUUGAAGUUGUCUGUGACGCAGACGUAACGUACUAUCCAUUUGAUAAGCAGUUUUGCGCACUUAGAUUCGUUGCUUAUACUGUCGGAGUAGACUGGCUAAAUAUAUAUUUCCCAAAUUCUAAAGUCACUCUAACGAGUUAUGAAGAAAGUGGGUUAUGGGAAGUCGAAGACACGACCAACUAUUCUCAUACAGAAGAAGGUACCACAUUUGUAGUGGUCGGGCUACACCUAAAACGGAGGUCUACUUAUUAUAUAGCGAGUCUCUUACUUCCUAUGACAGUCGUGGCCAUUUUGCAGGCAUUCGUUUUCCUUCUUCCCAAUGAUGCCGGUGAGAGGGUCGGGUUUUCCGUGACUGUUCUUCUCGCAAGCGUGGUUUUCCUGACCAUCAUUCAGGGGAAACUUCCCGAGGCGUCCGAACCAAAUAUUUCUGUUCUCGGAUUUCUUUUGUUUGGAUAUGUGAUUUUAGGAGCACUUGUUACUCUGUGUGUGAUUCUCAGUGCAAAUAUCCACUCGUUUAAGGAGGACACCUGUAUGCCGAAAUGGUUAAAAAUUUUAUGUUGCUUAAAAACAAUCGAUGCGAAAGGUCCAUUUUCAACUAAUAUUGUGAUGAAUGUUGAACCACAGAAGGAGGCAAAGGAAAAAGAAUGUCGAUCGUGGUCUUGGAAGGAUGUAGCCAAACGAUUUGACAUGUUUUGCUUUAUUUCCUCAUUGUUUCUGUAUGUACUUCAAAUAAUCAUUUACUUUGGAUUAGCAACUUGA